AUGAGUAAAUAAGAUAAUACACUCUUUUGUGAUCUUUUAUGCAAAGUUCUGUUUAUAACCAUGGGAUACCUUUAUAUUGGCUAUGCUCUAACAUAUUACGCAAUUACUUAGGAUUCUAUUGCUUAUGUGUUGGAAUUUAUAACAUCUCCCAACAAGAGUGUCAUUGAAGGAUUCAUAAAUGCAUCACUUCCAAUCGGGGCUGCUGUUGCAGCUCUAGUGUCAUCGAUGAUAGUUAAGAGACUCAAUUAUCGAGUUACCUUCAUUCUCUUUGACAUAAUUGGAAUCUGCAUAGGAUUGCUGUUCACAAUACAAAACUUAAGUGUUUUAAUCUUAUGUAGAACCUUAUAAGGAUUUUUGACAGGAUUGAAUAGUGCUUUAGUAAUUCAAUACAUCUAUCAUUUUGUGCCUCUAAACAAUGUGGGAAUAUUUGUUGGACUCGGUCCAUGUCUAAUGAUGGUCGGUUUAACAUUAGGUUUUGCAAUCUAAUGGAUAUUUAUCGGAUAGCCUGCCUCUGAAUAUAAUGUGGAUUAAUAUUAUGGAUAUUUAGGUUUUAACAAUUGGAAGAUGAUUUUCAUGUUUACAGCUAUUCCCUGUGUUAUCCGCCUUUUUGGCAUGCUUUCAAUUUUGAGAUCAGAUUUGCCAUUUGAGUAAGUGAAGAAUGGAAAUGAUGAAAAAGCCAUAUUAUAAAUUUAAAGUUCCUAUCCAAGUACGACUACAAAUGAAGAAAUCGAGGAAUUACUACUAUAAAUUAAACAGAAUAUGUAGGAAGAGGAUCAAAGCAUUAAAGACCUAUUUAGUAAAUCGUAUAAAAAAAGUAUGAUUCUCUGUAUGAUCUUCGGAGUGUUAUAAUAAUUUGCUGGAAUUAAUGCUGUCAACUUUUAUGCUGGUUCUAUUAUUGGUGCCAUGACAAAUGAUAACACUACAUUAAUAAAUUUAGCAAAUGUCACAAAUGGUUUAGUAAGUAUUACAGCCUCUAUAUUCAGCAGUAUUAUGAUUAAUAGAGCAGGGAGAAGAAUUGUCUUAUUAAUUGGUAACGCAUUCUGUUUUAUAUCAUUAACAUUCAUUUGUGUAAUCAUCUCGAUUUAGUCAUCAGGAGAAAAUUAAGAACAAUACUAUUAGAUAUUCAAUUUAGUGUUUCUAGUUAUUUAUGUCAUUUCGUAUAGUCUUUCUUUGGGCCCUGUGUUUUGGGUCUAUCUAUCAGAAGUCCUACCAGCCAAAGGAAUAUCAUUAGUCACUUUUAUUAAUUGGUUCAGUUGUGCAGCCUUGGCUCAAAUCUUUCCCAUCAUAGUUGAAUAAUUGAGUCUACAAUUCAAUUUUGGGAUAUUUGCAGCAGUAUGCCUAUUAUUGGAAGCUAUGUUUUAUUUCUUUUUUUUUGAAACAAAGGGUUUAACAAAGAAUGAAAUACAAAGUUUAUUUUAAAGCAAAAAGAAUUAUGUUGAUUUAAAAGAUUGA